CAACACAUAAGCAUACGCAAUAUGCAAUGCAUUUCGUAGCUGUCUUAAAACAACUUUGAAAGAACUUCAUUGAGUAUUUUUUUGUUUCACAUAGUAAACAAAAUGUCAAGAAAAAUGUCACGUAGUAUUAUUUUGCGAUAUAAAAAAAUUGAUUAGUCGCUUAAUAAAAGCCGACUAUAUAUAACAAAGAAAACCGAUGGGCAAUAAGAAUGAGAAAACUGCAAAUAAUUCGAUUCGAAAACGAUCUCUUUCAAAUAGCAAAUUUACAAAUAGGAAAUAAUAUUAUCGGUCGUAAUAGUGUUACAGGAGUGAGUACACGAAUUUGUGCUGCUUUCAAUUCUUCUAUCAUAAUAUCCUAAUAAUAUUUUUUAUUAUGUCAAUUCUUCUUUCCUUACAACUUGUCAAAUAGUCUUAUUAUCGUAAAUUAUUAUUGCGAAAAAAUAAUUUUUUUAUUUCCCUUUGUAAUUACUUUUUAUCGAGCUAUCGUUUACAAACUUUGAUGAUUCUAUGUAUCGGUCGUAUGUAUAAGAGAAACAUAAAAAUAUACUAUUAUAGUAAGUAUAUCGCAAUGUAGUGAAAAUUAGUUUCAUUAUAUUUCGAUGGUGACACCACUUGGCUCAUCAUAAAUCAUGUGUUACACGGAUUAAUAUCAAGCUCUACGGAACGUACUGUUUUGUGUAUUUCUGAAUUUAUUUUUAUUAUCUAUUUAUUUUUAUUUAUUGUUUCUUUUUUCUUUGAUUUUUAUUCUAAAAGUUUUACAUCCGUGUAAAGUAUAGAAAUUCACGUGAAUGAAAAGAUUGAAUUAGUAUUUAGAAUCUAUAAACAUUGUUUCUAAUAGUCUAAUAAUGGACAGAUCAUUAAACAUGCUGUAACAAUCAAUUUAUCUCCAAGUGGUGAUAUGACCCUGACACCGUAUCAGGUCUCGCCUUGUUAUAUAAAAUCUACUGGAUCAUCUCGGUGGCAUCUUCUUAAAUUAGGUACAGCUGUACCUAUUAAACCAGGAGAUAUUUGUUCCUUGUUAUCAGAUAAAUGUUGGUUUAAAAUUAUGACAAUGUCUGAAACAGUAGAGAAAGAUAAUCAUCUGUUAAAAAGAAAGUGUACAGAUGACAUACCAUUCGAACCAAUGGAUAAAAAGAUAUGUUUCGAUACAUCUCCAAUGUCUAUAGCUUCGCAUGGCGAUGGUUCUAGCGAAUCUCAAGAUAAUAAAGAUUUUAAACCUAUAACAGUAGAGACGCCUAUCUUAAACAAAGGGAGCAGUAUUAUUGUGUCUACAUUUUCCAAGGAUAUGGAUGCUAGUUCAUCAGAGAAUAAUCAAACUAUUCUCAGUUCAAUGUCGAUGGCAGAGAAUCCAGAUUUACCUAGAGAAUCUACACUUGAUAAAGAAAAUUCAAAUAUUCAGAAAGAGGAAUCGAAGAAAGUUGAAGAAAAUGUUAAACAGGACCAUAUUAUGCAUUCUAGUGAUCGCGAUGAGUCACAUACUUUAGCACAACAGGAUAUACAUUCUUCGCCAACACUCGAACAAAAUAAAGCAAGUGUAUCGGGUGCUGAGCAAGUAGAAACGAAAAGAAAUAAAUGUGUUUACAAGGAUAAAUGUUACAGAAAGAAUCCACAUCACAAAGUUCAGUUCAGUCAUCCAGGUGAUCCAGAUUUCGAAGAAGUCGAUGAACGCCCUGAAUGUCCUUAUGGUAUAAAUUGCUAUCGCAAAAAUCUACAACAUAAAGCUCAAUUUAAGCAUUCCACUAUGCGAAAACGUCGAGCGCCAACCCCUGUACGAUCACCAAGAUCUGACAAUGAAUCUGUAGUGGAAGCAUCGUCAGAAGAUGAAUCUGUUGAUGAAUCUGAAUACGAACCAUCCGAUUUCAGUUCAGAUGAUACCAACACUGACAUAGAAAAUGUAGAAAGUGAUGUGGAUAAUGUAGAAAGUGACUGGAAUGAAAGUAACAGUGAUAUCGAAGAUUCUAAAUCUUAAACUGGUUAAGAUAAUAAAGGAAAUGGUGAAACAUUGACUUUAUACAUAGUGUACAGACAAAUUAUUUAUUUAUGUAAUAAUAAUUAUCAUAUAUUAGUUCAGUUUGAAAGAAUAUUACAUCAAAUUUAUCUGUGAUAAUUAUAAUCAUUAGAAAUUUGGUAUUUAAUAAGAUAUUAAAUUGUCAUUAUUUAGAUCUAUGAAGAAUAACAGAGAAAUAUUUUUCUUUAGUGAAUUGUUUUUAUUUGUUUAAAUUGAAAGAAUUAACAUCGUCACUUACCAUCGAAAUAAUGUUUAUUUUAUGUAAAUAUAGAUAUAAAAUAUUACAUAGUUAUCAUUAUUAUUAUUAUUUUUAUUUAAAUGUGUGUGUGUGUGUGUGUGUGUGUAAUUAUUUGUAAUUACAUUACUUUUUUAUUAGUUUUCAUUAGACCUGAUAUCCUUCAUCUUCAUCACCCAUAUAAUCCUCUGUAGCUCCAAUGGCAACAUCUGCCAACAUAUGUUUAGGUAUUUCAGAUCCUCUUACUUUUAUUGUAUAGCAUACAUUUUCCAUUUUAGUUAAACUUUGUUUUAACGUAUAAAGCUUUUUACUCAUAUCUUUAUUAAAAAUACUUGUACAUCCUAGAAAUCCCUUAUGCAUAUUUCUAACAAAAUUACAAAUUUGAUAACAACUGGCUAUAUCUCCUGUUGCUAAAUUAUUAAUGCAUUUUCGCAUAAGUUCUCCGGUCAAAUCUGCUAUACCCAUGAUAUAUUCGUUCGGAGUGAUUAUUAUUCGUGUCAUUUUUGUUGGUAACUCACAAUUCUGUAAAGUGGAUUUAGAUUUAUUUGAAUCGGGAUAAAUCAAUGAUUUUUCUAACUCAAUCCAGUCUUGCAUAGAACCAGAUUGUAAAUAUUGAAAGAAUGUAACUGCUUCUAUAUAUUCUUCAAGUCCAACUCUAUAAGCUUUAAGAUAUUGAUAAAUAUCUUGACCAUCUAACUCAUACGCAAUGCUUUUAAAGAGAGUUUUCCCCAUAUUAUCAAGUCUUUGCUUAGCUUCUCCAAGUACGGAGUCUCGUUUACUUUCUUUGUCAAGGGUAUGUAAAAGGAAUAUUAUUCUUUUACUUUCUAUUGUAAUAUCUCGACUAAGUUUAACAAGUUUCUCAAAUUUAUCAUGUUUUGUAUCUAAUUCAUUGGAAUAUAUUCGAAACUGUUGUAUAACCAAAUUAUUCUCAUCUAUACUUUCCAAAAUUUCUCUUCCUUUAUCUCCAACAUUGACUUUGUUUUUAUUACAAUGAUGACCACGAGUUCUUCUACCAGCUAAAUAAGAUCAUAUAAAGACAAUUAUUUUGCGAGUAUACUAUAUACAAAGAUAUUUUCUUUAAAUAAUAUAUUGUUUAUAAACUGUCUUUAUAAAAUUGAUUUCUUAAAAAAAAAAAAGAAAAAAUAAAAGAAAAAAAAAAUCAUCUAAUUUAUAAAAAUUAAUUUUACGUUUACAUGAUAAAGAGGUUAAAGAGGUUAUGUGUACCAUCAUAUAUUUUUAUCAUACCUUUUCCUUGAGACAUCAUAAAUAUUUUAUAUUUUAAGUUUCUUAUUACUAUAGAUUCAAGAAUAAAUCAUAAAGAAUAAUUAAUCGUGCGCCACCAAGUUUUAUAUCUCACAAAUAUUAUUGUUAACUGAUCACAGUUCAUAAUAUAUUCAUCACAUCUUUGAUAAUAUAAUUAAUUUUUCGCUAUGAAAUUGAUAAAUAUUAAUUAAAUAGGAAAUUCAAGUAAAUUUUUGAAUUUUUUAAAACUUCAAUACACACAUAAUAAACAAAUUAAACAAAUUAAUGAUUUAUGUAGGUACAAAUGAGCACAUAUAAUACAUUGACUGUGCCAUUGGCGCGACUUGUGUAGCCAAUUAGAACGAACCAAGAAUAAGCUUAUCAAAUAUUUAUUUUGAUAAUUAAAAUUAUAAUUUUUUUUACAUUUAUGUGAAUUAUCAUUAAUGUACUUUACAUAUGAAAUGAUUAUCAGUGCGUUUAUUUAUUAAUUUAACACCGUCAUUGAUACCGUAACAAAAGUGUCUAGGUCAAGAUUUGAAAAACUUAAUAAUAGAAAAAAUUGAAUUGAAUUUAAAAAAUAUUGGAAUGGAAGAGUUUUCUUUUUUUUUUUUUUUUUUUUUUUGAAAAGAAAAUUAUUGCAUAAUACUUAAAAAAACAAAAAUUUCUAUGUAGAAAUGUAUUAAAGAUGAGAAAUUUUUGAAGACAUUAUAUUAUAUAAAUAUAAAAUCGAUGGAAGAAACAGUUAUUUUACGAGCACGAAUUGUUUUAUAAGUUAUCGAAAAUAGAGAUGGUUAUCAAGGUUUGGAACGCGUCGAUUGGUGCAAGCAAUAUAUAAACGAUUAUUUUCAUCAAUUGCACAUUUCCUUUUGGUUCUGUGAAAAAUCAUCAAAUUAAUAACAUUCUCUGUUAUAAUGCCAAGUAAAAAGAAAAAAUAUAAUGCACGUUUUCCAGCGAACAUUGGAACUAUUUGUACAUUCGCUACUUACAAAAACUAUGCAAAUUACAAGUGCCAAGAAUGCUAAGACUCUAAGUCCAUCCCAUAUG